AUGGUUUGUUCCUUGUGCAAUCAUUACAUAAUGGGUAGCUCAUUAUACGUGAUCAUUUUGGGCCUCAUUGGGACCGUUAUCACGGCUUUUGACAUAAUACGCACAAUAAAUUACAAGAUUCCCAGGACAUCGUCACGCCAUAGGAACAAUCGAGAAGUGCCUUUUACUGUCGAGAGGGAUGUGAAGUUGAUGACGUCAAUCUUGGGAAUCGAGCAUUAUACUUUGAUUAUGUUAGGCGCCAUUAAGGAAUACCCCAUGUUGCACACGCCAUGGUUGCUCAUGCAACUCUGCGUUAUCAUCGUGGAGAUGAUUGUCUUCUUCGUGAGAUUCUUCCUGGACGGUUUGCACGUUAAACGCAACGAAAUAUUGCAAGCAGCGUUUACGUUGUACAAUUGGCUGCAAGUCUUCUGCCUCUUUCAUCAGCAAGCACGACGUGCCAUUUAGAGACGUCUUCGUGUUUUUAAUAUUAAAUUGUACAUUUGUUUUAGUAUCAC